CUCUUCUCCCCUAUUUGAUCCGCGACUUUCCUUCCAUCCGCCGAUUUACUUGUCUCCAUUCCUCCAUUCUAAUUCUACUACCCACUUCUCCCCCUCAAAUUCCAUCAACUAAGAACCGGUACCCGAUUCGUCUCUGACUUUCUCCGCGCUGACGUUAUCCCGUCGCCGUUCUCUCCGUACUUUGUUCUUCCUUGUCGUGAUCCUUUAACCGACGAAAACUUCCCCCCCCCCUCCCCUCCCCUCUUACUCCGACAUCCCUUGGUCAGGGCCCCUUUCAGUACUCCCCAAGGUUAAAGAUGUCUACUACUACGCCUGCAACGGCCUCUGAUGGCCCCAAGCUCGAGAAGAAGCCGGUCAAGUUCAGCAACUUGUUGCUGGGCGCAGGUCUCAACAUGUUCGAGGUCACCUCCUUGGGACAGCCGCUGGAAGUGAUCAAGACAACCAUGGCCGCCAACCGAGGUGACAGCUUCGCCGGCGCUAUGGGUCGGAUAUGGGGUCGUGGCGGGAUCCUCGGCUACUACCAAGGUCUCAUUCCGUGGGCCUGGAUUGAGGCCUCCACCAAGGGCGCUGUCCUCCUCUUCGUCGCGUCCGAGGCGGAGUACUAUGCCAAGGUGGCGGGCGCUCCGGACUUCCUCGCUGGUAUCUCCGGAGGUAUGGCCGGUGGUGUCGCUCAAGCCUAUGCGACCAUGGGUUUCUGCACCUGCAUGAAGACGGUGGAGAUCACCAAGCACAAGAUGGCCUCCCAGGGGGUGAAGCCUCCCAGCACCUUUGCGACCUUCAUGGACAUCUACCGCCGGGAGGGAAUCCGGGGUAUCAACCGCGGCGUGAACGCGGUCGCCAUCCGCCAGACUACGAACUGGGGCUCCCGUUUCGGUCUCUCGCGUCUGGCCGAGUCCGCCAUCCGUAGCGUCACGGGCAAGGACGAGAAGGAGAAGCUCGGCGCGGCGGAGAAGGUCCUCGCCUCGGGACUCGGUGGUGGUCUUUCGGCCUGGAACCAGCCCAUCGAGGUGAUCCGUGUGGAGAUGCAGAGCAAGACCGAAGACCCGAACCGACCCAAGAACCUGACCGUCGGCAAGGCCUUCAAGUACAUCUACGACAGCAACGGCGUCAAGGGUCUCUAUCGCGGUGUCACUCCCCGCAUAGGCCUGGGUAUCUGGCAGACCGUCUGCAUGGUGGCUCUUGGUGACAUGGCCAAGGAGGCAGUCGAAAAACUGACUGGCGAUCAAGUCACCGCUAAGCACUAGAGAAGGUUUGAGACACCCUUCUGCUAUGCAGACGGAAGAAAAGCCGGGGUGCGAUAUGCAGUAUACCCGGUGACUCUUCAAGCAUUGUUGAUAUUGUAUCAUUUUGGGACGGGACUUUCGGGCUCCGAUGUCGAGCGCUUGGAGUUACCAAGAGAGGUACAUACAUUUAGCCAGGAUCCAGAAUUGUAGGGAAUCAGAUUAGCCAAGCAUGCAUCAAUAGAAGUCAAAUCUACGAGUACGGAGUACUGUGAACUAUGCAUGAGA